UACCUUUUGAAACAAUGCUUGGAGAAAAACUACAAAAUGGAUCGUGGAAUGGAUUAAAUGGAAGACUACAGAGAAAAGAAAUUGAUUUUGGACUACUUUCCACUUUCGUAAAUUAUGAAAGUUUUCAAGUUGUGGAUUAUACAGUUCCUUUUGAUUCAGAUGAAGUUACCUUUGUUGUUUCUGCUCCUAAACAAGUUUCCAAAUUAACAACCAUAAUUAGACCAUUUGCAAAAGAGGUUUGGUUAAUGAUAUCAGUUACAUCUAUAGUUUUUGGUGUUAUAAUUCAUCUAAUAAUACUGAAAAGAAAUAAUAUUGUUCAAGAUAAUCAGAAAGUGUGGUCCAUAAAAGAAGCUUUUUUGUUUCUAUUUCAAACCUUGAUAUUACAAGGUGGUUCGAUAAGCCAUAUUCGAGAUACUACCACCAGAAUUAUUAUUGGAAUUUGGCUAUUGGCAUCAGUCGUGAUUACUUCAGGUUAUUGCGGUGUACUGUUUUCUUAUUUAACUCUCCCUCUCUAUGAAAAAGUACCAAAUACGAUUGCAGAAUUGAUAAAUGCCGUAAUGGAAAAAAAGUAUUCUUGGGGAAGCAUAUGUUUUUCACCAGAAGAAAGCUAUUUAAUGAACGUUGAAAAUGGUCCAUUUAAAAUUUUAGGCGAUCACAUAAAAAAUCAUCCAGAAAAUUGUUUUCUUACUUUUGAAGAAGGAAUAGAACAUACUUUGAACAACAAAUAUGCAUUUUUUGGGCCAAAGAGUUUAAUAGAUCCAGUUACGAAAGACAGAGGAGAGAAUUUGUUUGUAACAUCAGAAGACUCGCUUUUUAAUUUUAAUAUUGCAUUUUCUUUCAAAAAGAAUUUCGGUAUAAAAACAGAAUUUGAUAAAAUAAUUGGAAAUUUAAGAGAUUCUGGAAUUUACAAGAAAUUAACCAAUGACCUGAUGCCCCCAACAAAAAAUGUUGAAGAAUCGUCUUAUAAUCCUUUAUCAUUAGAAGACAUGAUGAGUACUUUUAUUCUUCUGUUAAUUGGUUAUGCAAUUUCCAUUCUUUGUUUUAUCUGCGAGUAUUUAAAAAUCUGUAAUUAUAAACACAACUGAAAAUAUAAGAGAUUUUACUGUAAUAUUCUUGAACA